AUGGUCCAUUCUCGGGCUGCUCUUGGCUGGCUGCUCUUCCCUGGCACAGCCAUUGCUGCGCUCGGUCGACCUCCCUUGCGGGAUGCAUCUGCGCUGCCGCAGCCGAGCCCGUGGCGAGACGCUCCCGCGCUCGGCUCGCUGUCGCGGCGAAACAUUCUCGCGAUCGGCGGUGCGGCCGCAUCGCUGGCGCUGGCGCCGCGGCCGGCGCAGGCGAGCUUCGGCUCGGCGCGGGGAGCAGUCACGUCGCCGCCCGUGCUGGGCUCCAUCGAGCUCGAGAAGCUGCAGGACCUCACCCCCAAGAAGCGGAAGCAGAUUGAGUCGGUGCUGACGCCGCGGCAGGCAGAGGCGCUCAGGCUGCAGAUCGAGGCGGAGCGGGCGGGGCUGCUGCAGCAGUACGAGCAGGAGAAGCGGCGAGGGCAGCAGCGCGUCGAGGCGCAGCGCGUCGUCAAGCAGCAGAUCGACGCCACCAGCGCCGACAUCGUCACGCUCGAGCAGCGGAUCAGAGACCUCGAGGAGCAGCAAACCUCUCUCGGGGGGUCCCGCGCGCGGGUGGAGCUGCCGGAGGCGCCGGCGCGCAACCUGACCUCGCUCUCCGCGCGCUCCCGCAUCAACCUCGAGCGGCCCGGCGCCGGCGCGAAGCCCGUCGAGCAGACAGCGGGCGAGGCGCUCGCAGAGCAGUUUGAGGCGCCAGCACAGCAGCCUCUGUGGCCGCACCUCUCACGCACGCACACCUCUCUCGAUCCUCAAGCGCGCAUCAAACGCGGGGAGGAGAGCACCGAGUUCCUCCGCCGCGAGCUGGAAGGGCAGGCGAGGAUCACGCAGGACAUCGAGGCGCGGGAGCGCUUCCUUGCCAGGCUAAACGCGCAGCCGGCGGCGGCGUUUGGGGGAGGCGCGGCGGAGGCGGAACCAGCGGCGGUGUGUGGGGACGCCGCGGAGGGGGCGGCGGAGGCGGUGGCGGAGGUGCACUUGGCGGCGGGAUCGGCGGAGGCGGCGGGCCUGGCAGAGGGCUUCACCGCUGAUCCGGCGGGGAUGCUCGCGACUGACGACGCCGUCGCGGCAGCGGCGGCGGCGGCGGCGGCGGCGGCGGCGGCGCACGUGGCGGCGGCGGCGGGUGCGGAGGCGGGGAGGAGGUUAGAGGAGGCGGGGAGGAGGUUAGAGGCAGCGGCGGCAGCGGUGGAGGCCGAGGCGGCCGAGGCGGCGGCGGCGCGGGCGGCACGGGCUGGGGCGGCAGACGCAGCGGUGCGCAGCGUGCUCGGCACGGCGGCGGGGCGCGCGAACGUGAUGCGCGCGUGGAGCUCGUCGCUGUGGAGGGAUGUGCCCUUCGGCGCGAUCCAGCUCGCCAUCUUUGAGGGGCUCAAGACGCGCCCCCCCCCCCCCCUCCGCUCGCACGCCGUGGCCCCGUACAUCAUCAACUCGCCCGACAUUGUCGUCGACGUGGACACCCUCCUCGCCGAGGCGCUCUUUGGAGCGACGGGCGGCGCGAUCGGCGCGCGCCUCAGCCCCCGCGCCAGACUCCCCGCCUCGCGGGCAGUGCCCAGUGACGGGGGGCGCCUGACGGCGGCGUCGCCUUUUGCGGCUGUAGGCGCUUUCCUCACCACGCCGACCGACGUGGUCACGAUCCGUAUCCUCACGCAAGGCACGGGCGUCGACGAGGCGUGCGACGAGCAGGCGCAACCACACGAGCUGACCCGACAUUUGCCGAGAAAUGCCCGAGCUUGCCCGAGCUUGCCUGAGCUGGCGUGCACCCUCCCCGUCGGUUUCGUCGGGAUGGCCAAGGAGGUCUACGCGCAGAGCGGCGCGAUGGGGUUCCUGCAGGGCGCGCGCGCGCGCACCCUCUACUGGGCGCCCGCGAUCGGCAUCUUCCUCUCCUGCUAUUGCUCGAUCCGGCAGGCGGCUGUCACCUCCAGCCUGUUUGGCUGAGGGGCUAAAACUUUUGCGUGAGCCCCGGCACGCUCUUUUGUGAGCCCUACACGGUGUGCAUGCAUGCAUGCGUGGGGCGCCAUGGGGGCGAGAUCUUCCGUGGCAGCUCGGUCGCGCGCGAAGCGAGAGCAAACCGGACGUGACUGGCGGUGAGCCGUCGAGAUGAUUGUGUACAACAUACUUUGGCUGGGUACUUGGGGUCUGCGGUGUCUCGUUUCUUGCGUGCCGCGUGUGGUGCCCCCCACUCGGUAUGUCCGCACGUGUGCGUGUGUGCGGCGCGUGGGCUCGCGUGGGCUCGCGUGUAAACUCUUUCGUAUCUAUA